AUGCCCGCAGGAGAGGAAAAUGCUCCCGCUGCCGGCGUGGAUAUACCCGAAGGUUCGGUGGUGUGGGCCGCCGCGGCAGUUGAUUCUUCUCGCCGCCCAUCUCACUCUCACCAUCCACACUCCUUCACGAUGAGCUCGCGGCAAGAGCUGAUUAGCAAUGCGGUAUUGUUUUUGAACGACCCGAAGGUCCAAUCUUCCCCCCUCACGCAGCGCAUCGAGUUCCUCCAGAACAAGGGACUGAACGAGGCCGAGAUCCAGCAGGCGCUGAACGAGGCCGCCGGGGGGAGCGGGUCUGUGGCUCCCGCCCCCGCCGUGACUUCUGCGCCGGUCGCGCCGCCAGCGUACGCGCGUCCCGCCCCACCACAGUACGGCUUUGGGCAGAUGUACGCUGCGCCGCCCGAGCCGCCCAAGCGCGACUGGCGGGACAUUUUCAUCAUGGCCGUGGUCUCUGGUGGUGUCGUGUACGGCCUGACUGCGCUUGCACGGAAAUACCUAACGCCGCACCUCAAGCCCCCCUCGUCCACGGCGUUCCAGGAGACGUCGGCGUCGCUCGCGGAGCAGUACGACGCGGCGCAAGCCGCGCUCGACGACCUGAAGGCGCAGACGGAAGCGCUGACCGCCUCGGCAGAGGAGGAGCGGACGCGCGUCGCGGCGGCGCUGGACGACGUCGAAGCGGCCGCGAAGGCGGUGCGCGACGCGGAAGCGCGCUGGCGCGACGACAUGCGCGAGGUGCGCGGCGAAGUCGAGAGCGUGCGCGAGCUCGUGCCCCGCCUGAUUGAGAAGCACUCGCAGGCGCAGAACGCCGCCCUCACCGAGCUGCAGAGCGAGCUGCGCAGCCUCAAGACGCUGCUCGUGGCGCGCCAGCAGGCGCCCGAGGCCAGCGGCGCCGCGUCUCCCGUGCCCGCUGCGUCGGCGACGACACAGGCGGCGAACGCCCUCCUCGCGCCACGCACGGGUAAGGCGUCCAUCCCUGCGUGGCAGCUUGCGGCUGCGCCGAGCAAUGGCACGGCGGCGAGUGCUGCGUCCGCUGCGUCUAGCACCGCGGGCGGAUCCGGGGCUAGCAGCCCCACCAAGGGCGAGAAGGAGUAGACGUGCGCGCGAGAUUCCUGGUAGCGAGGUAGUGAUUGUGACGUGCUGUGCAUUUGGG